AACGCUUCGCAACACUAAUUCACACGGUGUGUGGAAUUUAGUUGCCUUUUGCGGCUUUUAUUUGCCUGGAACUGGAAUACAAUUGCUGCCCCUCGCAUUUAAGAUGAGCGAGUUUCAAACAUGGCUCAACGAUCAACUCCGGCUGCUUAACACAGAUGAAAGUGUAUUUGGUGCGUACAUAAUUGGCAUUUUGGAGGGCGAGGAGGAAACGCAAGAUGAAAAAAUAGAAGCACUCGAGGGCAUACUCAGCGGGACAGGCGCAUCCAACACUGAGGAGCUGGUGGCCAGCAUAUUGCAGAAGUGGCUGCAGAGCCAUCCCAGUGCCGAUGAGCCGCCGAAAAAAGGUCUGGACAUUGAUGUGAAUGCACAACUAGCCAAGCUGCUUGAACAACAGAAGCUGCAACCUGCCGCCAAAGAGCGUGAAUACACCGAUGAGGAGCUGCGCAUUAAGCAACAGAUACUGGCUCAAUAUUCACAGACUGCCGUCAGCGAGGAGGAACACGAGGAUACCGAUGGCGAAAGCGUUGAACCCAGCGGAUCAGGCGUCGUGGCACCGAACACCAACAAGACGGACGUCGCCAAUCUGGCCAAGGAGAAGCGCGAGCAGGCGCGCCUAGAAAGUGCGGCCAAAAAACAGAAGGACAAAGAAGAUCGCGAGAAGCAAAAGCAGCUGCGCGAGGAAAAGAAAGAGAAACGCAAAACCGUCAAAGGCGAACGUCGCCGGUAACCGGCCUAAAACCCGUCUGCCAAACACCCUCAGCACAGAUCAGUGCAAAUUUUUGCUGUCUCCCAGAGACAUUAAAUCGAAAACAAAAACAAAACCUCUAUGAAUUCAGUCAAAAUAAUACUUAUAUACAUACAAUUUGUAUUGCAAUCGAACUACCAAAGUAUCAAAUUGUAAUUAUUAUAUCAAUGUAUUUUGUUGCGAAUUGAGUUGAUA